GUCAGUUGUUGUUUUGUCUGUGGUUGAUGUACUUGUUGUUGUAGUAUAAUUUCAUCGUGCUCUGUGAUCUCGAUUUUGUUUUGAAAAUUAUGAGGUUGCUUUACAAUUUUACGUAUAUAUGAGUAUUGGCGUAAAGCCUACUUGCGGCUAUGUAUAGUAGCAAUGAGUGCUGUGUUGCCGAGAUGUAGAGUGAGCCCGGAACAAUUGGAUAUUCUGUUGACCUUUAUGGAAGAGCAUCCCGACUUCGCAGCGGGCAAGCACUCGGUGUACUCCAGGUUCAGCUCGAGCAAGCUGUGGCGGUUGCUGGCGGAGCGGCUCAACGCUGCGGCUGCGGACUCCGGCGGAGCGCGCAAGUCGCCAGACAGGUGGUGCCGUUACUGGGCAGAUAUUAAAUACAAAGCUCGAAAGAAGUCUGCUGCUGGCGGAGCACUUGGAGAAUUGUCUAGUGCAGAGGAGCGGCUGCAACAUAUACUCAAUAGCUCCGGCAACAAAGAUUGUGGUGGCGGUGGACGCGGUGCUAACUCAGACGACGACCGAAAACCGAAUUUAGACGAGGACAUGUGUUCAGAAGGAUCUGCAGCGGGAAUGACGUCUGACGGUCCCCGUAUCGGUACCGAAGAACUCCUAGCGGAAGCUGCCAUGAGAAGUGCUUUAGCAGCAGAGAAACAGGCCGAGGCCAUGGCUCAAGCGGUAGACUUGCUGCGAGACCUGGUGUCCAUCCUGCGCGAGCGCCCGCCCGCGCACAUGGCCCAGCCCGCGCCGCCGCCGCCCUUGCAGCACCAUCAUCAUCGUCUUUGAUGUCUGCUAAUCUGCAUUAAGUAUUUUGAAGACAGAAAACGUUGUAGUUGGUUAUGUAGGCGAGACGUCCUUUUUCAUUAUUGCCUUAUAUACCUAGGACAUAAGUAAAUCAAUUUUGAAGUCCCAAACUGAUAUACAUAAAGUUAAUAUUACUAUUAUAUUAAUAUACC